CUUUCCAGAGCCGCCGUUGGUAAAAGGAUGAGCUCAUCGCCUGGGAGGCAGAGAGCUUCAGCGCGCGGACAGGAGGAGGACGCAUCUGCACGGAGACCCGAACCCCGCUGCAGGUAGACGAUGGUUUGGUCCCUGGAGCGUGACGCAGGGCCGCCCCCGCUGUCCGUGAUCCUGCCGCGGCUCUACCUGGGAGCGGAGCGUGACGUGACGCAGGAGCGCCUGGCCUCUCUGGGGAUCUCCUACGUGCUGAGUGUGAGCCGCUGCACCCCCCAGCCCACCUUCCUGCCCUGCUCCAGAUACCUCCGCGUCCCCAUUGAUGACUCUCUAUGGGACGACCUGCUGCCCUGGAUCCCCAAGGCGCUGCACUUCAUCGAUGCGGCCUUGUCCGCCGGGGGCUCGGUGUUGGUGCACUGCGCGGCGGGGAUCUCCCGCUCCCCAGCUCUGGCUGUCGCCUACGUCAUGUACCGCCUGGAGAUGGACCUGGACCACGCCUACAGGUUUGUGAAAGAGCGCCGGCCCUCCAUUUCCCCAAACUUCAACUUCCUGGGUCAGCUGCAGCUCUUCCAGGCCGCGCUGAGCCACAGAACCUCUGGUGGCGACUUCUUGACGCAGCAGCAGAGCGACCAGCCGGCGUCCGUUAGCGGCAGGGCCACGGGUUCGAGCGCCCAGAGUCAGGCGCAGCGUCCCACCGGGGACUCGUCCCAGCAGAGACACUCGAGUCCAGACCACAUGGAGGACGCAGAUCAGAGACUCUGGAGACCUGAUCCCAGUCUGCAUCAGCGGGAGCAGGAACCCCCAUCGGUUCCCUGUGACGCCCCCAAACCCACAAAGCCCCCCCUCCCACCAGCUUCAGCCUCUCUCUCAGAGAAACGCAAGAGCCUCACCCUCUCUCUGACUCCCCCGGGAACCUGUCCCUCCUCCCUGACAGGCCAACACUCAAAAGCCCCCGCCACCUCAAAAGCUGUCCCUGUGCAGAACUGUGAGGGAAAAGGAAGUUCUCAGGCAGAUGUGUGGGGCCACAGCGGGCCCCAAAGGCCGUCUGGGGACCCCUGCAGGGGCCGUGGCCCCCCCAAGAGCCAGUGUGGGGGGGCUGAGAUGAAGGAGCAGGGCCUGCUGUGGCCCUUCAGCAUGACUCUGAGCAAGCUGCUGGACUGGGGGGACAGGUUGCUGCUGGGGGGGCUGUUUGUGACCCCCGUCAGGACGGGGAGGCCUACGCUGCCCUACGAGUGCUGAAGGCGCACGCCGGAGGAAAGUGACCCGAACUCCUGCUGGACUUUGACAGAACCUUUGACCUCUAUUUAUUUAUGCGGCCCCCGCGCCCCCCCAUACUGUUUAUCCUUACAUUUCCAAGAUGAAAUUGUUCUAAAACCUUUUGGAAAAUGUCUGAAGUGUUUUAUUGAUGAUUAAAGUAAAAGUUCAAUCA